CCUUUUAUUCGGACUCGUCGAGAGGAGCCAGGUUUUCCUCCACCUAUCUGUGACGAUAAAGAAGCUGAUGGGCUGUUGAAAAGUAACACUUCUCCGCAGAGCCAAAGGUUGAGCGCUGCUGAAGGGGAGGAGGAGGAGGGGGGAGACUCGCUCAGCCAACAUUUAUUUCAUUUUACAUUUCCUAAAGCGUGCCACCUUGGAAUGUCUGAGGAGGCUGUCCGCCAGACUCGCAGCCAGAAGAGGGCACUGGAGAGAGACACUGCUCCCCAGUCCGUAGAACCCUCCGAUGCCGACAAUGAAAGCAAAAAGCCUAAAUUGGACCCAUCUGAACCUUCAGAACAGGCACAAACUAGUCCUAAACCUGACCCCGUACUGGCAGAGGAUGGUCAGAGCCAGGCCAUGUCCGGAUCAGAAAAGGAGCAAGAGCAGAGCCGGCUGCCGUUACCUUCAGUGUUACCUUUGACCUCUGAACCGGCAAAGGAUGAUCUGAAGCGGACCCAGACAAAGGAGGUUGAACGCAGCUCAGACAAUCGGACUGACUGCAAUGACAGAGCGGGCAGGGGAGUGAAGACGGAGCAGAAUAUGGAUACAAAGAGCCGGGUCCGACUGACGGAGCCAAAGGCGACCGGCGGCAUGCUGGCUGCAGGCGAGGUGAAGGCCACCAUUAAAGUGGAAGUCCAGACGGGAGAGCAGCCUGUCGACAUGAGCACUUCCAGAGGCAGUAUAAAAAGGGAGAAGCGCCCUCCGUCCCCCGACGAUGACGAUGUCAUCAUCUUGUCAGAUAACGACUCCCCGAGUCCACCGAUGAAUGGCCUGAGCCACUUCAAGGAACUGGACACAGAUCUGCUCAUGAAGAGCAGCCCGGCGGAGAGGGAGCGCAUCAUUAAGCAGCUGAAGGAGGAGCUGAGACUGGAGGAAGCUAAGCUGGUGCUGCUGAAGAAACUCCGACAGAGCCAGAUACAGAGGGACACUCUCCAGAAGCCCUCAGGUCUGUCCGGCUCCUCUGCUCCUCCUCCUCUAAUCCGAGGAACGAUCGCAGGCAACAAAGGCUCACAGCAGAUUUUGACAGGCAAGAGUUCGGGCACAGUUAUCCCUCCGCCCCUGGUGCGAGGAGGGCAGCAGGUGUCGUCUAAACAUGGCUCCCAAAUCAUCAUGCCGCCUCUGGUCAGAGGGGCACAGCCCAUGUCUAUAUCUUCACAGCAGAUCCAGGCUCUCCGCCAGCAGCAGCAGCAGCAGCAGUUGGCUGCCUCUGGAGGCGGAAGCUCAGGACCCCCUCCUCUGCUGCUGGGCCCCAGGACCUCAGCCCAGGGCCAGAGAGGCAUGGUCCAGUCAGGCCUCAUCAGAGUAGGCAGCGGUGCUAACGCGCUGGUCAGUAUCUUACAGGCCUCGCCAUCCAGUUUGAAGGGCUCAGGAGGCAGCGGACUGUCUUCAGUCGGGGUGAAUGACUCUCCAGCCAGCCGCCAAGCUGCAGCUAAACUUGCCCUGCGGAAACAACUGGAGAAGACCCUCCUGGAGAUUCCCCCACCCAAGCCCCCUGCCCCAGAAUUUAACUUCCUGCCCUCAGCAGCCAAUAAUGAGUUCAUCUACCUGGUGGGACUGGAGGAAGUAGUACAGAAUCUGCUGGAUACCAUCCAUAGAGGAAAGACAGGUGUAGCACUGUCCAAGACCAUUGUCAGAGACCCCUUCAUCUGCACCCAGUGCAAUACUGACUUCACCUGCCGGUGGAGGCAGGACAAGACUAAAGGCGGGGCAGUCCUCUGUGAAGACUGCAUGUCAUCCAAUCAGAAAAAGUCUUUGAAAGCUGAGCACACCAACAGGCUGAAAGCUGCAUUUGUCAAAGCUCUGCAACAAGAGCAGGAAAUAGAGCAGCGUAUCAUUCAGCAGACGUCCUCGUCAGUCUCUCACAGUAGCUCUUCGUCUAUGAAGGCAGAGCAGUUGGUGUCUCAGCAGCUGAAGCAGGCUCACGCCAGAGCGUCCUCGCUCCAGCACCACCACCAGGCCAGCCGAGGAGCCAACAUUGUUCACCAUCACUCCAGCAAGCAGAGCCAGCUGUCCCAUGGCAGUGUCUCAUCACUGGGGGUGAGGGGCAUCCCCCACUCCUUUUCCUCCUCCUCCCAGCUGCAGAGCGCAGUGGCGGCCGCAGCUUUGGUCAGCCGGCCAGGUAAGCACGCCCAUGUUUCCCACCGCUCUGUCCAGAGUUCAAAGGUGAGCAGCAGUGGGAUCGGCGGCGGCAGGAAUGUCAGCGGAGGUAGUGCCUCAUCCACUGCAUGGAAGAAGCAGAGCAACAGCAACACAGGAGUGACUAUGGCCUACGUGAACCCCAGCCUGACAGGUCACAAGACAUCAGCCACCGUCGACGCUCGCCAGAGGGAGUACCUGCUGGACAUGAUCCCCUCUCGCUCGUCGAUCUCGCAGACUGCAAACACAUGGAAAUAAUUGAAACAAUACUCAACUAUUCAUGAUUAGUUUUCGACCAAGUUCCUCAGCUCCAAUAAUAUGGUCAACAGCACCACCUGGAGGACUAUUAAGCAAAUACAAUCUCUCAAAGUGAAGAAGCGUUCCUUCCUUGCCUUUGUAUGAUUGUUGUUUUAGUUUUCUUCUUUUCUGUUGUUUAUUUUAAGGUUUGCUGUUCUUUGGUAAUUGUGCAGAAACCAUUUUUGAUUUGAUUGGGGCAAAGAAAAAAAACAAAUACUUGACUUCCCCUGGGUACUUCUGUCCUCCAGACUGGGUAGUUAAAUGGUGCCGUGAUAAGAGUUUAUGUCUGCAUUGAGUACUUUGAUAAGAAUGAGUACUCUUUUAAUGGGCACAUGAGCCCUUUUUGCCAUGAUGUGGGUCAAACUGACCCAACUUAUUGACACUUGAAUGGUUAUAGUCAUACCCAAGAGUUCACAUUCAACAAAAUACACCUUUAUUUUAAGCAGAAACAAGAUAACUGAGUUGUAAAAUGUUCAGUACAUCACCCCUGUAGUUAAAGGUUUGAAUUUAUUUUGUAUUUACAGUAAGUUAUUUUGUUUUGUUUUUUUUUCUUUUUGACUGAUGUUAAAAAUCACUCUGUAUAUUGUGGUUUCCACAAAUGAAGAGUUUAUUCUAGCUUUGUUUUUUUUUUCCUGUUUAACAGCAUGCCUACCCUUACCUUCUGUUCAUUUUGCACCUUAGCUAAAGAAGCAUGGUGUCAUUGCUUAAUUCAUCUGUAAUUACCAUCUGUAAUUUGCUCAUUUUAUAUUAAUGUCAACAUUGUAAGAUUAUUUUGAGUAUUAUGUCAUCACUGAGAAAAUGCAAACUCUGACGGAGCUGAAUUUGCCACACUGGUGCUGGAGAUCUAGCCUCCACUUUGUUCAACAAUAAUCCAUGAAACAUGCGGCGUACACAGAGCCAUGAAUCAGUUCUUCAAGGAAAUAUCUCCUCAGCCACCAAGAACCUGGAAAACACAAGACCACCGUCUUUUAUCUUACACCGCCUCAUCAUAUUGCAUAAUUUCUCUGCUACCUGAUCUUAACUGCAUUGUACAAACUUAUGUUCAAAUUUAUUUGGUUUACUUUUUUCCUAGCUCCUAAAGAAAUAAUAAAAAUAUACAUUUUAAACA